AUGGCUAGUAUUACAUUGAAAGACAUUGCUUUCGUCAAUAACACAGCAACGAAUGAAACAUUAUCAUAUCCAGUCAGCGGAAUAGUUUUAUCAAAAAUGACUCGUUUUUGGAUUCUUCUUAUUUUUGAAGUUCCAUCACUUUUCUGUUGUGUUUUAUUACUUUAUUAUUUAUGCUUUGAUCGGAUACAAAGAAAUGCACUCAAUAACCAUGUCAUCAUUGCUAUUCUCAUCUUUAAUUUUUUCUUGCUGAUUAUUGAUAUUCCAAAUUAUCUUACACUUUUUCGUCUUCACUAUGUCUGGCCAUCAACACCAAUUAACUGUUAUAUCUGGUUAGUUGUAGAUAUAGCUGGCUAUUAUGGAUUAGGUAUACUUAUGGCAUGGGCUUCGAUCGAAAGGCACAUUUUAGUAUUUCAUCAUCAAUGGCUUAAUACUUUAAAGAAACGUAUUUUUAUUCAUUAUAUUCCAUUAGCUGCAAUUAUUUUGUAUCUGUCUAUUUUCUACACUAUACUUAUUUUCUUUGUGCCUUGUGAUCAUACAUUAAAUUACGCAGCAUAUACUUGUGGAGGUGCAUGUGCGUAUGAAAUAGCAGCUCUUUCGAUGUAUGAUGGAUUCGUCAAUGGUGAUAUACCCUGUUUUGUAACUACAAUAUUCAACAUUUUACUGGUUAUUCGUGUUAUCAAACAAAAACAACGUCUUCAUCAACAUGUACAAUGGCGUAAACAUCGAAGAAUGAUUAUACAACUGCUCGCGUGUGCCGGACUCUUUAUUGUAUUCAAUCUUCCUCUGGUAUGCAUUUAUGUCGCUCAAGCAUUCGGUGUACCGUAUGGUGCAACUGGUCAAUUUGAGUAUUUUGUUUAUUUUCUGGCUUAUUUCAUUAUGCUUUGGAUGCCUUUCGUGUGUCUUGGAUCAUCACCAGAAAUCUUAUCAAAAAUAAAGAGAAUAAUGAAACCACAACGUAUCAACACUACAAUUACUCCACAUUAA